UGUUAUUUCAUUUAAACAUAGAUUUAGAUAAUAAAAUUUUUAAACAUGCCAAGAAAAUAUGGAUCCAAGGCAAUUCUUAUCAGUAAAACCUAUACCAUCUGCGAGUCAUGUGGGAUUAAAGAUAACAGCACGUUCAUCGAAUCCGAACUACACUUGCGAGUAUCCACACAGGCCUAGUGUAGCGAAAGGAAAUUACAGAAGACGCAAGUAUCAAAUAGAUAAUUGUGGAUAUAGAUCUGUUUCAACGAAGCCGUAUCAAGAAGUUGGUAACGUUGUGUUAGAUUCAAGAAAGUUAAUUCUUUCUACUCUCGGUCAAGAAGAGAAACCUGAGGAAAAAGAGGAACUGAGCAGUGAUGAUGACGAUGCUUCUGAUAUUGUAAAUAAAGAGAAAAACAGUCAGGGUUUUACAGAAGUGCUACAAGAGCAACAACAUGCAAAGGAGUUGCAUACAAUUCAGAAUCAGCUUUACAAAGACCUAAAAAUAAUGAAUAAAGUGAAGCUGGGAACUGGCUUAUUUACGGUGCUAGAUCAAGAAAAACAGAAAAAGGUAGAAUCGACGACACACCAACAAGAUAUAGAAAAACUUGAAAAAACAUCACAAAUGGUUCCUGCAAAUGAAGAUACUGAUACAGAAGAAGAAGAGGAACAAGACAUACGCAGAUAUGUGGUGGCAAGUCCGGAAACUCGUAUUCCUGUAAUAGAUAAAAAUCAAGACCAUAAUAAUAAUAAUAGUUCUUCUCAUUCCUCACGAAUCUCGCAAUAUGAAAACAGGUUUCCAACACAACAUUACACUAAAGAAAGAGCUGCAUCAACAAGCUUGUUGUUGCACUCAAAGAAACUUGCUGUACCAGACAGCCCUGUAAAUCAUCGUAAGAUGUUCAGAAGAAAACACAUGCCUAGGCCUUACUCACCAAUACAUACCAAUGUUAAUUUCUAUAAAGCUUCUUCAAGUACAUCUCUCUUUCGUCAACUUUGUGUUAUAAACUGGAUACUAGAAGCUAUGUCUCAAGACAACAACCCUCCUGUCAUGGGCAUGAUAUCAUCAUGUUGGAACGUUAGCCAACUUACGGAAGACACAAAAUUAUCACAAAGAAGGAUUGAACGUGAAAAGAUAGCUGAUCCAAUCUGGCAAUCCUUUAUGAGUAACCCUAGCAGAUUUCAAUCCAAGUCACACCGCUAUAAAAUCCCUGGCAGAAAAGUUUCAAUUCGUGCAAGUUCUUUAUUGAAUUUUUCUAUGAAUUCAAACAGAAGUAAAAUGUCAGAUGAUCAUCGUAGCGUUAGUAGUGGAAAUCAAACCCUUGAAUUAUCUUCAUCCUUGAACAGAAAACAUGGCGAUACACAAGCUUUUAAGUAUACCGCAGAUGCGGGACAAAGUGAUGCAAUACCAGAAGAAGUUGAAAAAGAAAGAAACAGUCAAGAGGAAACAUCAUCCCCUCCGUCAACAAGAAAACACAUCCAGUGGAAGAAACUAAGAGGCGCUUACAACUUCAACACAUCAGUGUCGGAUGUCGUUUUGAUGAGAAUGAAGAAGAGGAAAACAUUAGAAGAGUUGUCACUUGUGCCAGAUGACGUCAAAGAGAAAUUUGCUGACAUCAAGAACGAGCAGGCUGUGAUAUUGCACGAUAAUUUAGAGCUGAUUGAAAAACAUCGUUGGGCGAGUUACGAAAAGAAGUUUUUCGCAUUGAACGUGAUGAAAAAUGUAUACGAAACACUCAAUCAGUUUCGCGAGAACGGAAAGAUUGAUUUCGAGGAUGAACCAAUUGAAAUGAAAGUUGAGAGUAAAUGGUAUACAGAUCUUAUGAAAGGUCUACCGCAAAAUUUCAAGGAGGAAAAGAAUAUUAGCUUGAUAUUAAAGAAAAUACAAAGAUUCUGUGACAUUGAAGGACGCAAAAUUAGUGGUUCACAUUUUCUUCGUUCAUUAUCCAUUCUCCGACCCUUCGAGUUAUGCUAUCCCGAUAUAAGUGCUGGAAUCGAGUUUGUUCGCGAUAAAAUUGUUGAAAUGGAUAAAACAGAGUUUGAGGCGUGGUGUAAGAAGCACAUCAAAAGACAGCAACGUUCAAAGUCGGCACCACCCUCCACAAAAACAAACUUUUAAUCUGUGCCUGUCCUGCUCAAAAAGUUGUUAAGAUGGAUUUGAAGUAACCAUAAAAAAAUUAUCAUAAUCAUAUGAAAACUAACCCUUGAGAAUUUGACGGAGUGAUCAGCGGAUACUUGAAAUACUUCCAUCUAGGAUGUUCAAGCUAGUUUUGUCCUUUUAUCAAGAAAAAGUUGUCCGGCCAGUCGCAAGCUAAAGAUUGAUGUUGCGCGAAUGUGCGCGUUUGUUUUUAAUUUUUCCAGUUUAAAAAACUACAAUCAGUCCGUCUAAUUUUUUUAUCGACUUUGAGUGACCAGAAAUUAGGUUGACAGAACAGCAAGACGAGUAUGAAGAAAAGAUCUAACUUAUUAAUUUUUUUAAAAAACAAAAGCAUUUUAUCACAUUUUUUAAUUAUUUUUAUACGUAUUUUUGCGAGUGUAGAUAUAUUGUUAUGAAAGUGUGUUUUAAUAUAUUUAUAAGUUUGAAUAUGUUUUAUAUAUUUUUAAUGUUUAUUAGUUUUAUUUCGAACUCGUA